CCCAAAGCGCCUCCAUCUUGGGCCAGUAUUCGUGAUAUUUCUCACAGAGCCGUCAUAGGUGCUACCGCCACCUAUAGGAUAAUGUGCGUAUUACCGUGUUACCUAUAAAUGGCAACAGUAUACCGGCUAAACAUGGCUGCGAUUUGACUCGGGCCAUUCCUUCCAUUCGUUGUUAGGCGAGUGGUCAACGCGGUAGGUAACCAUACCACUGACACUGACCGUUCAUAUCGAUGGUUGUUGGCUACCCCGCACCCGCAGCUGGGAAGGAGUUAGCAGUGCUGUCUAACUGGAGAGAUCACUUCCAGACGAAGUCCCAAACAGUAAAUAUCAAACCUGUUCCUGAUGUCGGACCUUUUUGAGAAGUUUCUGACACCGGAGGAGCCCUGCCCACUUCUGUCUCAGAGGAUCAAUCUGAAUGACCAUGGCACACCAGACAUGAGCGAGUUUGAAUGUCAGCUGUCCUCUUGUCAUAGGACGCAUCCACUUCAUCGAUUUAACAGCAACAGAUGGAAUCUUACAUCCUGCGGCACCAGUGUUGCAAGUUCAGAGUGCAGCGAGGAGCUGUUCUCUGUGUCCGUUGGAGACCAAGAUGACAGCUUCUCCCUGCUGGACGAUCAGGAGUUGACUUCCUUUGACUUGUUUCCAGAAGGCAGCGUGUGCAGUGACGUGUCUUCCUCCAUAAGCACUUACUGGGAUUGGUCUGAUAGUGAAUUUGAAUGGCAGUUACCUGGAAGUGACAUCGCCAGUGGAAGUGAUGUGUUGUCUGACGUCAUACCCAGCAUUCCGAGCUCCCCUCUUCUGGUCUCCAAGAGAAAGACCAAGCUUCACAGGAACUUGGAUGAACUUCCCUGGAGUGCAAUGACCAAUGAUGAACAGGUGGAAUACAUUGAGUAUCUCAGCCGAAAAGUGAGCACAGAGAUGGGUCUUCGAGAACAGUUGGACAUCAUCAAGAUCAUCGAUCCCAUGGCACAGAUCUCCCCCACCGACAGCGAAUUUAUUAUUGAGCUAAACUGCUUAACGGAUGAGAAGCUGAAACAAGUUCGGAGCUACAUCUGCGACCACGGGCCACGUCAGCGCAACAGCAUCAAUCUCCGAGAGGGCUGGAAGCGCUGUUUGGCCACCAAUGGCGGCGCCAGCUGUGUGAGCAGCACUGCAAGCGGCCAGAGCAACACCAGUAGCAGCAAUGCCAGCAUGGUGAGCACUGCAAGCAGCGCCACGUCUGGGUCCAACUUAACCAGCAACAACUCCAUCAGCCGAGCGCACAGCGAAGGAAACUUGUCGACUGCAGCCGAGCGCAUCCGGGACUCCAAGAAACGCUCCAAACAAAGAAAACUCCAGCAGAAGGCUUUGAGAAAACGGCAUCUGAAAGAACAGCGGCAGGCACGCAAGGAGCGCCUGAGUGGUCUCUUUCUCAACGAGGAAGUGAUGUCACUCAAGGUGACGGAGGACGAGGACUACCCCAGCGACGACGUCGACGUUCUUAUGUGACAACAGUGAAUCCAUCAGUGUUCCCCCUAUGCCGAUAGCUCCUGCAGCCCGCUACGCUACGCUACACCACACGUCUGAUAUGUUACCCACCCAUUACUUGUCCUGACCUUUCCUCCUUAAUGUACAUAAUAUCCUCCUCUUCAACUACUACUGUAGUUAUCACUGACAUUCAACGGUUUUGAAGCAUCCGCGAUUGAUCUCAGAGGAUUCUUCUGCCCUAAAUUUCCGGAUUCGUACCUUAGCAACGCUGAGAACAAGCGCUGAAAGGACACAAUGGUUGCGUUUGACUGUCAAUCAAAAUAAUUCUAAAAGAAUUAUAACUGUCAAAUCAAAUCAACUAAUACUGGUCAUUGGUCAUUUAAACAUAAUCCAAAAAAAAAUGUGUCUUGUUUGAAAUGGACGGAAACUUCCGUUUGCAUGAAAUAGAGUAGUCUCUGCAAGAAUUGGCAAGGACAUGCAUUGUUACAAGUCUCCCAUGGAGAUGAGUUUUUCAGUUCUAAUCCCAUCCCCUGCCGUUGCCUCACUUAAGAAUUGAACGUAUGGCAUCAUUAUAUAUUCAGGUCAGUUGACAUCAAGAUUGACCCGCUAAUAUUUGGAGUAUUGGACUUCAUCAGGAUGAAUUGACCCAUUCCACUUCUGGGAUAUAUUCAUGACCCCCGUUCUUACCGUAGACUGUAGUAGGAAAUGGAUGGCUCACCAUCCCCUCUUUCUACUAUCUAUGGUUUUUACUGAUCUUGUCAUUGUUACGCUUGCCUUCAGGCAUCUAUGGGGAACACUGAAACGUCUUACAUAGAUUCAUUAUGUCUGGAAAUACUUUCAAGUUAAAAUAAUCUGUAUUUAACAACAAUAACAAAAAUAGUCAUUCAUAAAGUAUUUGUUGCUGCCACUACAGUGAUAUCAGAUCAUCGUUUGGUAUUACAUUGUUCACUGUCGAACAGCUUGAGAAUUUUCUUUUGCACAAACCGCUAUUAGGCUGCGUGCACACCAAAAGUGACCUACGCCAUCGACGGAGGUCAUUACAAUAUUUCUGUAUGGAGGGUCUGUGAAUAAAGCGACCAAUGCAAAUUCGCCCGGAGUGAAGUGACCUGGUUGGCCAGAGCGAAUUUGUGAUUAAACUUAAGCUAAUAUUAUGGUAAUAAGCUGACACCGUUUGGCAAGAAACAAUUGGAAUGUUCAUAUUUCCGAAUGUCCCAGGCUGACAAGCCAGAGCCAUUAUGUGAUAUGCUAAAUCAUACGUCAAUAUCAUGUCCAGAGCGAUAACAGCGGAUUCAUGGCGAAACUUCAACGCCUCCUCUGCUACUUGGUAGCUUAGGUCGUUUCUGGUGUACACACACAGUUACAGUGCAUCGCAUCCAUGUCAUGCAAAAGCUUGUACAGAAUGUCAAACACUGCAUUCAUUUCACACCCAUCAAAGUGGAUUUCCUAACCAUUUUUAAUUACCUGUAAUGUACGUUUGCGUGCAAUGGAGCAAGCCAUUACUGGUAGGCCUAUAAAAAAAUAAAAGGUUCUUUGCAAGGCUUAUUUCCUUAUUCCAAAGCCCAUCACUCAUAGAAGUAUUCAAAAAUAUUUGAAUAUGUCAAUCUUUAUGUAUCAUGUUAUUUGAACUGUAAAGUUUUAGCUCUUUAACAUGUUUUAGCUUUGGUCUGAAAUAUCACUUAUACUGUACAGUCAAACUUGUACAUUAACCAUCUUUGGUGUUGUCGGUAUGAUUUGUUGAAGGAGUUCAUGUUCCUUCAUUGUCAAAGCACAUUUGUUUUGUACUAGAGUAGAAAAUAAUGUAUGUCAACAAAACAUAUAUGUUUGUUUCAAAUAAACAUUUAUAGACA